AUGACCCACAAGCAUCUUAGCCUUAAAGUGUAUGUUGAUGUGCAAAGUGAUGCUCAAUCUGCCCAAAAAUGUCUCAAGUAUUCAAGGCUCCAAACUAGCCCAAAAAUACGCUGGGCAAGAGACUUAAGCCAUGCACGUAAUCACCAAGGCACAUGA